ACAGGUCUUCCGUCUGCCUGCUCCUCUCUCCUCUUUUGUUUUUACGACAGCCAAAUGAGCCCAACGGCAGCCCGACGCAGUUAAUGCUCUCGCGCGCGGAAAUGGCCGACGACGAAAUGGACUACAACAUCGUGUUUCCAGACGCGGGCACGUCAGAGAAACACUGGCAGGGGACAAAGGAGCCCGUUGUGAUUCUGCUUGGCUGGGCCGGCUGCAAAGACAAGACCCUCUCCAAGUACAGCGCCAUCUACAAUGAACAGGGCUGCGUCACCAUCCGCUACACGGCCCCCCUUAAGACGGUCUUCAUCUCGGAGUCCUUCGGCUACAAGGAGCUGAGCAGCACAGCGCUGAAGCUGCUGGAGGUCCUCUACGACUACGAGGUGGAGAACAGCCCCGUCUUCUUUCACGUGUUCAGCAAUGGCGGCUUCAUGCUAUACCGCUACGUCAUCGAGCUGCUGGCUAAGGACGAGCAGUUCCGCUCCCUCCGUGUGAUCGGGGCCCUGGUGGACAGCGCCCCCGGCAGCGGGAAUGUUCGCGGGGCCCUGCGCGCGCUGGCGGCCACCCUGGGCCCUAAAAUCACCCCCCCGCUGCGGUAUGUCCUCCUGGUCCUCUUCGCCGUGACCGUCUUCAUGCUGCGCAUCGUGCUGUACCCGCUGACUAAGUACGUGCACAAGAAUCACUACGACGCCGUGCAGGAGAGGCCGCCCCAUUGGCCCCACCUCUACCUGUACUCCCGGGCCGACCAGGUGAUCCGGCACCGGGACGUCGAGCUCUUCGUGGAGGCUGUGAAGCAGCGGGGCGCCCGGGCGGACAGCUUCGACUUCGUCUCCAGUCCCCACGUCGGGCACUUCCGGGACUUCCCCCAGCAGUAUGCCCUCAAGUGCCGCGAUUUCCUGGCGGCCUGCAUGAGGGACGCGGAAGGAGCCGAGGCGAAGAAGAGACGGAAGGUCCAGGAUCGGUGAGACCCGGGAGGGACGCUCGCAAGAUAUUUUGCUGAGCGUCUUGUCAAGAGAAAUGGCCGAUUUCAACGAGAUGGCUACAAUAUCUCGGUGAAUUCUUCCCCGUCCCAGUGCACAUAAUAAUGAUAAUAAUAAUAAUAAUAAGGUUCCAUAGACGUGGUCUAGGAGCCUAAUCCACGUUCGGAAAGAAACAACCAGACGUGUGUGGCCCAAAACCCUGCCGACGUGUUAUCAUCACAUCAUGAUGUUUAAAAAAACAACAACAACAAUGAUACAAACAAUUGCUCUACACUGGAAAAAUAACACUUCCUCUCGGAUAAUUUCAAUGGUAUUUAAUAUUGCUGUGAAAUGUGAUCGUACAUUAGUGGUAGUGAUUUCUAAAUCGGAGGCUGGGUGUCGAAUGGCGAAUUUUUUAUCUCCUAUUUAUAAUACAUACAAUGUAUUUAUUAUUUUUAAACAUUGCAAAUUGACCUAAAAAUGUAGUCGCGAUAGCGCUUACAAUGAAGGCAACUGUCAAGACGGUAUUAAAUGCAAAUUCCCACACUUUUUUUUUCUUCUUUCAAGGGAAAUGUAGAAAAUGUACUAAACUUGAUUUAGUUGAAGUAAAAUGUCAUUUAAUUGACGAUGAAUGUACGUGUCCAGCACAACUCUUGUUUUCUUUCUAACUCAUGUGCCUUCAAUAAAUUAAAAGUGCUCAUAGAAAAUG